AAGAGACGAACCAGACACGGCAAGGCCACGGUUACGGUACGGUUAGUCAUUGUGUUUAGAGGGUUUUGAACUUACCGGAGCUGGUAAGCUGCUUGGUGAGCCGAAUUGUAUUUCGUGGAGGCUCUAUAUCCUGUGCACAGUUUAGUUACGAGUAGUGGCAAAAGUAUAGUGUAAAACAAUGGGUAACUUCAACAUGGAUGAGUUCAACGAAAUAUUGGAAAAGUGUCGGGAUCAGUCGCUGCAAAAGGAACAGGAUGCUAUUCUGUUGGAACCGUUCACAUACAUCCAGCAAAUACCCGGUAAACAGUUCCGUUCGAAAAUGGCUCUGGCUUUCAACCACUGGCUCAACAUUCCGGCGGAGAAACUGGCCGCUAUCGGCGAAGUAGUUCAGAUGAUGCACAACUCUAGUUUGUUAAUCGAUGAUAUCGAAGAUAACUCUAUCCUUCGUAGAGGAAUUCCGGUGGCACAUAAGAUCUACGGAAUCGCGAGUACGAUCAACGCCGGCAACUACGUGCUGGUGUUGGCACUCGCCAAGGUGCAUGCGUUAGGCCAUCAAGAGGCCCAGGAGGUGGUGACGGAACAAUUGCUGGAACUGCACCGCGGCCAAGGGAUGGAAAUUUACUGGAGGGAUAAUUUUAUCUGUCCAACCGAAGCGGAAUACAAGCAGAUGGUGAUACGGAAAACCGGGGGCCUGUUUAUGCUGGCCAUUAGACUAAUGCAACUGUUUAGCGAUAACCAGCAGGAUUUUACUAAACUGACGGCUAUCUUGGGAUUGUCGUUCCAGAUACGAGACGACUACUGUAAUCUUACUUCUAAGUCCUACUCGGAUAACAAAAGCUACUGUGAGGAUCUGACGGAGGGCAAAUUUAGCUUUCCAGUGAUACAUGCUGUGCGAAACCAGAAGGAUCGACAGGUGUUGCAUAUCUUACGACAAAGGACGCAAGACGUGGAGGUCAAACGGUAUUGUGUGUCUUUACUUGAAAAGCUUGGUUGCUUCAAGUAUACCGAAGAAGUCCUGGAAGCACUUGAUAAAGAGGCUAGGGUUGAAAUCGAACGUCUUGGAUCCAACCCAAUCAUGCUGGCACUGCUGGAUGAGUUGCUGAACUGGAAAGCCGACGACACGUAUAAAGAAAAAUGAGUAUCUGCCCAGAUCCUUUAGGCAUUUCGUUUCGUUUGUUUUUUAUAAAGAGUUUCAGUUUGCACGAGAGCACGCAGUCUAAUCUCCCUUAACCUAGGCAAUGAAUGGUGUAUUAUAAUUUUUCACGCUAAGUUCUAAACUUAAUUAGUCAAAAGUAGUCGCGCCGAUAAAAUGAGUUAGUAUCAUUAGCAUUUAAUGACAAAAGCAGAAGAAAAGACGAAUGGUUUCCUUAGGAAUAUAUUUUGUAAAUUAUUAUAAAAAUAAACUUUUGUCCAUAUAUUUUGAAAGACACAUUUAACCAAAGUGAGGAAGAAACACUAACUAGGGCUACCGGUCGCCAAAAAAAGUGGCCCCUAGCUCCAAAUUUGAGAGAUCUAAUGUUUUGGUGUAAAAGUACAACAAGAGUAAAACGUUUUUGUUUUCCAUCGAAAGCACGUUCCGUAAAUUUCAAUCUCCUAUUUCUACAAAAUUAAGGAUUGCACCGCCUCUGAAAAUCUGCAAUCUUAACGCACUGACUAUAAGCGAGCUCAAAGCUCAACAUACCGGCAAGUACGGUGAAACAUAAGUGUUUUUGUGCACACUAUUUAUGUACCGUAUGUGAGCGGGAAAUAUAU